UUCUACCACACUAUUAUUAGCUAAAAGUUGUUUUUCCAACAGUAGGUUGUUUUGUUCUCAGAUAGCGUUCGUUGUAUGAUGAAUCAUAGAGAACAGUUUUUGAACUCUGUUGGAAACGAUUCUCCGCAAGCUUUCCUUCGUUUUAUAGAACAGCACAACUCAAAGAAUGAUUCAUUUAACAUUGAAGAGGCUUUGCAGACUUUGCCAAAAAAAGAUCACGAAAGAUUGUGGUCCGGUCUCCGUGACAUGACACGCAGACUUUUGUUGACAAAUCCUGUUGGCUCUCGGGAAAAUGAUGACUCUGAAGAAGAAGGACCUUCGGAGUGGCCUGCUCUUCUGUCCUACCUGGAAGGGGUCACAACAGUGGGCCUCUGUGCUCUUGUUGUGAUGCCAGAGAAGCCCACACAUGUCCCUUCAGCUUUUUUGGAAACAGCUGCCAUUCUUCAUGGUCUUUUAAUGUCCCUGCCUGAAGGAUCUGAAUCCUUGCAGAAUGAUAUUGCCCAGCUGUGUGAACUUUGGUUUCUCAAUGAACUGGAAGGAAAGGAGGAAUUGAUCACUCAAACUUUCCCAUACCUGAUAAUAAGGAGCCUUGGCCGAGGAUUGGUUUCUGAUGUUAAACGUGUGUGGGGUUUACGCCAGUGUCUUCUUCUGAUGGACUUUGAUGAUGACUCUUCUGAAUCAUUAAAGCAACUACUACAUCAAUGUAUGAUACACCCAACGUACCUCAAGUUGGAGGAGGGACGUCGUUUCUUAAGCUAUUCAUUUGGAUUGAAUCCUGGACUGGCCAAGGAGUUCCAUAAAACGAUAAAAAACCAGAUUCCCUACUGUACUAUGAAUGUCCUGAGUUUGUAUGGUGAAGUUUAUUUUCGUGCCUGGAGAGUUGCUUCUGGAGCUUACUUAAAGGUUUUAGAAGAAAACUGUAUUCAAGACCUGAUGUUUGCUGCUGUUCAUGCACAGCGCACUGGUACUAAGUCAAUGGCAUCAAGACUACGAAAGGUUUUAGAAUACAUUCAUCAGCAAAAGAAGCAAAGAGGAGUUGAUGAAGCUCUUCUACGGUUGUACCAGCCAAUUAUAUGGAGGGCAUUUAAAGUGGCAAAUCCUAUGGUCAGAGCCAAUGCAGCAGCUCUGUUGACAGAUAUAUUUCCGUUGCAAAAUCCAGAUGCUGGGAAUGAAGAGAUUGAUGAACUUCUACAGAAGCAGUUUGAUAUUCUGAAGGACUUGCUUGGAGAUGCACAUCCUACAGUGAGAGCCACCGCCAUUCAUGGUGUCUGUCGCAUCACCGGGGUAUUCUGGGAGCUUAUUCCGGCUCAUAUCAUCAAGAUGUUUCUAACAAAACUGGUAACAGAAUUGGCUUUUGACACGUCCUCUAGUGCUGUAAGGGUAGCAGUUUUUCAGGGCUUAAAAUUCUUGCUGGACAAUCGUCUCAGUCACCCUCUAUUGAAGCCGUUGCUGAGCAAUUUGCAAGACCUGGUGCAUGAUCAGACGGAGAGAGUGCGGGUGGUUUUUCUUGAUGUUUUGCUGUUAGUCAAAGGCCUCAAGGCAAUAAAGUUCUGGAAUAUAGUGCCACUAGAACAGUUGCUCGCUCAGUUGGAGGUGGAACAGUCUGCGGCAGUGAUAAGGAGACUUGUCAAACUGCUUGUCAAUUCAUUUCAUCCCACUAACAAGAGUGUUGAUGUACAGGCCACUCGGUGUUCAGCUUUGUGGCAAUCCAAUCCUCUUGCAGCCAGGAAAUUUUAUCAAUAUGUUCACCUACACACAACCAUAUCAGCAACAGGCAAGUUCAUAGCAUUUCUGGGUAACUGCCUGGUGAAGUGUGCAAAAAAUGAACAUGAUGAAAGUCUGUCCUUGGAACCUGUUAGCCAAGCUGAGGACAAGGAGAAUUCUGAGUGCUUGGAGAAACUUGGGACAUAUGAUGUUAACACACUAGCGGGCCUGGCUGAGACAAUAGCCAUCUGUUGGGGAG